GCGAAGCGUAGAGGAGGAGCCCGUCGGAACAAGCAAGGAUGCGGAGUCGCGGUGGGACCGACUCGGGAGCGCCCCGCAUCCAUUGCCGUUACUAACUUUCACAGAGGUGGAGAGAAUCCUCGUGACCUCGCAGUGAAACAGAGCGACGACAUGCAGCUUUCCGGUUUGUUUCCCGCUCGGAGUUGAGUGAUUCCGCGGCGGUAGUUGCACUGCGAGUUCGCCUUGAACUUUGUUUACGGAAUCAGAACCGAUUGCUGCUGUGGUCGUGGGCUUUGCUUGAUAGAAUCGAUGUACGGUUUGUAUCUAGGCUCUGACCUCGUGACACCACCACAUUGGACACCUCCCUGAUGCUCCUGUUUCUCUCUCUCUCUCUCUCUCUCUCUCUUUUCCCUUUUGUUUUGUUUUUUUGUGUUUUUGCUGUUGGGCGAUGUGACGGGAGCGUUCUCCUUCCUUGUGCACUGUUCCUGUUACAUCUGCGUCACUCACUCGCGGCCUUUGGCCCUUUUGCUGGUUCCGUAACCUUACGCGACCAACCGACCCGGCUGAAUAGACCGCAUCGUGCACAGAAGGCGCUACACUUUCCCCCGUCUGUAGCUCUUGUGUCUCCUGCUUCACAGCAAACAAUCGUUCAUCAUUCUUUCAUGCUUUUCCACAUAAAAAUAAGGUUUGGGUUCAUGUGAAGCUUUCUUGUUCGGAGUGGACUGGUCGGUGAACAAUAAUGACCCUUGAACUAUCGAAACAUUCCUCAGCAUGUAUUUUAAAAUUUGCACAGUGGGCCCCUGUUGUGUUGAUUAGUUUCGGGUAACAUAGCAAGUCAAGAUGCCUCAUCCAGUCCCUCGCCUAUUCAAAGGGUUUGUUUUUUUUUAAAUAUCAUUUCCAUUCUAAUUGAAUCCAUGUUUUCCUUCCGCUGUGCGCAUGAGUUUCACUGAUGAACCCUAGAAUUCGGGUUCUUCUUGAACAGGCACGAAUACUUAGCAGUCUUAUUGUGAUUCUGCACUAGUGCACGCUCUUGGACAUUUCUCAGGCUGAAUAUUCUUGAGUGCGAUGCCUAAGAGUGGUGUUAGAAUAUUAUAAGCGGCAAUGUCCUCUAGUAGGCCCUCUCACUGAUUGUCAUUCAUCCGCCUUCAAAACGCCCGCACUGUCUCCCCUUUUGCUGAACACAAUCUCCCUCUAUAGUCCUUUUCUGCUCCCUUCCAACCAUCUUGCGGAGUACUUGUGGUGCAUACUCUGUUUUUCUAAAUUGUCGUGCACAGGUCCUUCGGAACACGCUUCAAUUACACCUUCCCGUUGAGACAACAUGGAGCUAGGUCUGGGCGCAGUUCUGUAGUAUCCUCGCUUCACAAUGUUAGCUUGAGUGAGCCCGUGGGUUGUGCCGGUUGCUGUGCGGAGGUUCCGCAGAGAUAAUUUUUUCGGGGCUUUAUUAGAACGCAUACCCAUGGCUAUAGCGAGUGAGGCUAGGACGGCAUUACAGCUUCCCGAAACGGAUCAGUUGGAAGGCAAUUCUGACUUGAAGGAAGUGAUUAUUGACUCUCUAGCGGAGCGCGACCCAGAUGGCCAGGAACCUUUACAGGAAGGAGUGUUGCGUCCACUCCGAGCUUUUGAUUACGUGGAGCUUCCUCCAGGUGUUGCAGUGAGCACGCCAUGCAGCAGUGAGGGCGGUCUGCAACGGUUGUGGGAAGGUGGCUUGUUUGAUGUUCGUGAGUACGCUGAUGUCACGCUUCAUACAGCCUGCUGUCCGUGGCACACAUUUGGGACGAACAUGGAGCGGUCUGGCUUUGGUACAAGCUGGGUUCAAGGAGGAUUUUUUUUGCUGCUUCUAAUAGGAGCAUUAUGCUUUUACGUCACGUUUCUGUGCACAGGUUCACCAUGGUACAUCUAUGGCACUGUGAGUCUAUUUUUAGUGAUUGCUAUGUAUGCUGGUCACUAUCGUGCCCGCAUACGGAGGAGAUUUAACAUUAUUGGAAGUGAAGGCGACGACACUGUCAGCACAAUUGACGAUCAUCUUAAUCACCUUAUGUGCGGCUGCUGUUCACUAUGUCAGGAAGCUAGAACUUUAAAACAUAACAAUGUGCACAAUGGAGUGUGGCAUGGGCGUGGUGAUAUCCUUGUCAUCGGCAGCCAGGUUGUGUUUUCUCCCAAUGGUUUAGCAGAUCCGGCACUGAAUCGCCCGAGGAGAUACCCGUCUUGGAGGAAGACAUGCAAGGUCGAAUUGCCUACAGAACCUGUAUUUUUAGAUACUGGAGUAGACCAUGCGUGGACCGGAGAAGUACCUCAAAUACAACACCUGCCGUUAAUAUCACGUUGAAGCUCAACAUCUUGACUCUGUACUUGAAUUAUCUCCAGAGAGGAGCGUGAUGCGGUGGAACGCUGCGUUGAACGGGCCAUGGAUGGAUUGCGAAGUGUCAGUGCAAGCUUUCCUUAGUGGUGAAUGCCGCAUGCACAUACAUUGGAGCAACUAGAUCUGCCGCUUUGGGCCUCAAAGGAGGUCUUGCUGACGUUUACUUGUCACUGGCAUCAACAGCAAACUGGGAAACUCGUGGGUUUCGAAAGAUACUGCAGCUGAUGAGACAGGUUGUGCUAGUCUGGUCCUACUUCCAGGACCAUACGAGCCCGUGGAUUUCUCGAGUCCGUCUGCACUUGGCUACGGAAUAUCGGACCCCAUGACGUUGAUCCGCAUCUAAUGCAGCACCAAAUUAGUGUCGAACAGUUGCCAAAUUGGUGGUUGGUUGGCUACACACGUUCUCAUCCCUUAUCAGCCAGCAAGACCAGUUGAGUGUUCGUCUUCCUUAUUGCCGAGUGGUAUUAUGGACCUGUUUCUAAUAGGGUCCUUAUUUUUUGAAUUGCACCGGACUGCGGGAUGAAACAGGAAUUUGCGCUGCGGAGACCCCUCGGGCAGUAGAUUUUGUAGUUUUAAGCCUCGGCAUGCACAGAAGAAGACCCAUCUCAAGCAACACUUUGUGCAAGCGUUAGCGGGACUUUAUGGGCAAGCACAUAGUGAUUCCACGUGUUUCCCGAAGCGGCUUGCUCUGGAUGGUAAGCUCAAAAUUCCGUUUGAGAUCGAUCUCUCUGGUGGCACAGUGGUGAUAUUUCAGAGCUUAUUCCACCGAUGCACUGGUGGUGAUGGGCCCAUUUCAUGAUCAGGGAAACCUUUGGUAUCUUUCUCCGGAAGAAGUUUCCUAUUCAAGUUUGUGGUUGUAGCUCUUAUCAUCAUGUGAAAACCAGCUUCUCAAUUUUAACUUUUUUGCAUUAAGACAGAAUAGAGCACAAAGUACACAAACGCUGGUUUUGUUGGAACAAGUUGUGUACUUCGUUUUUUAAACAUUUCUAACAACUUAUGACAAUGAACUUGUGAGAAGCUGAUGCAUGGUUCUGUUGGUUAUCGUAAACAAAGACUGGACUCACAGUCUCUUCUCUUUUUUGCCAUGA